AUGAUUCUUCCCUCCUCUGUGCCUAAGCGUAAAAAGGCAGAAAAGGAACUUUUUAAAGAUACUCAUACCAUAGAAUCAAAUGAAAUCAUUUGUAAGUUAGUCAAAUCAUGCGGCAACUAUUUGUUCACUGCGAUGACAGAACAUGGAGAGGAAGUUUUUGUAUCCAUUCCAGAAAGAUUUCGCAAUACAUUCUACUUUCCUCAGGGUGGUUUCGUUGUCUGUUCACCGUUGGAUAGCAAAAAGGUGAGGGGAGAAAUUCGAACUGUGUUACAGAAGGAUAAUAUUAAGGCGCUGAUUGAUGAAGGCCGUUGGCCGGAAACUUUUACUGUAAACAUAUCAAAAGAAUCCUCAAUAAAGAAUGACAAUUAUAUCCCAGAAGAUAUGCUUCCAUCAUCCUCUGAUAGUUCUGAUGCAGAAAGUGAAUGUAUAUCUGAUAAUAAUUAG